UAUACCUCUAGUGACUAGUCAUUUGACCCGUGCAUAAGGCGGAGUGACUGUUUAUACAGGAAAAAGCCUGAGUCCAAAGUGCUAAAAAUCACCGUAGCCCUAAUCCCACCCCUCACCCUGCAGCCUCCCACCCCUCAGGAAUUCAGGCAAUUCGUUUUGUGUAACCAGUUGAACUAGAGAAUAAGUUGAAAAGGAGGGUUCGGGAGCCAGGAUCUUCAGCUUCCAUGGCCUCACGUUCAGACCUUUCACACCUUCUCCCUGCUGCUCGAUUGCGCCAACUGGCUCGUGAGUGGCUGCAAGAAGAUGCUCCCAGCUUUGACUAUGGAGGCUACGCUGUGGGUGAUCGGCAGGAACGUGCCAUGCUCCUCUGCAAGUCCCCAGGAAUCUUAGCAGGCUUUCCCUUUUUCGAGGCCAUCUUUGGUGAGGUGGGCUGCUCUGUGGAGUGGUUCCAAUCAGAAGGAGCAUGGGUCGAACCAAUUACCCGGGUGGCUGAAGUCCGUGGGCCAGCCAAAGACCUCUUGCUUGGUGAGCGGGUGGCUCUGAACUGUAUGGGACGAUGCAGCGGUAUUGCCACAUUGGCAACCAAGGCAUGCCGGCUAGCACAAGAAGCCGGCUGGCACGGAGAGGUGGCUGGAACAAGAAAGACCACGCCUGGGUUCCGUCUCCCUGAAAAAUAUGCUCUUCUAGUGGGAGGAGCUUCUUGCCACCGUUAUGACCUGGGGAGUCUCAUCAUGUUGAAGGAUAACCAUGUGUGGGCAUCUGGCAGCAUCACACAAGCUGUUCAGAAUGCCCGGCGGGUUGGAGGCUUUGCCCUGAAGAUAGAAGUUGAGUGUCGCUCACUGGAAGAGGCUCUCGAAGCAUCAGGAUGUGGGGCCAAUAUUAUCAUGCUGGACAAUUUUACUCCUGAGGACCUGCACCCCACAGCCAGCACCUUGAAGGCCUCCUUUCCCCAUGUGACAAUCGAAGCCAGUGGAGGAAUCACCGAGGAUAACCUGGCCAAGUUUGUGGGGCCCAAUAUUGACGUGGUCUCACUUGGUUGCCUCACCCAGUCAGCCACAGUUGUCGAUUUCUCCCUCAAGGUCUGCCGGGACCAGGCCUCCAAGCCGCCGCUGCGGAACUUCGUGUUCUGAAGAAGGGGAAGUUCAGCCAUGACAUAAAAAUAGACGGGAGGUCUGUUGAACUGGAGUUGGGUGGCAUUCAUUCUGUAUGGCGUAUGCUAGGUUGGGACUUGGAAAUUGCGCCGCCACGCUUAAAAGGAGCCAAAUAUGAAAUGGGAUACAGAUACUUCACUUCUGGCCAGACUCAUCAACUGAUAAUUUUAGCAUAAUUUGAUCAAAAGGCGGGAUAUAACUGUUGCCUGUGACAGCAAACAGGACGUGCCUACUAUGAGCUGAGGGCUAGAGAAGGGACCAACGGAGCAGCAGUACAGAAGGCAUAGGGCUGCAUCUGCUCUCAGUUUCAGGCCUUCUAAAGAAGUGCACAUGGCAUCCAGCUUAUCACCUGGCAAGACUAAAAAUAUGUGUAAUCAUUUCCUUCGGUGGCUCCUCUGCUCCUGCUGCAGGCAGGAUUUGCGGCCA